AUGUCCAAGUACGAAAGCACCAUCGUCGUUACCGGCGGCACCGCUGGCCUUGGCGUCGAAGCAGCAUCCUUGAUCGCCAAGCAGAGUCCCAACAAGCUCGUUGUCAUAGCGAGUCGAUCUAGCAAUGACGCUCUCGCCCAUAUCAAAGCAUCCAACGUCGAGUACAUACCUCUCGACCUCUCAAAAUCUCAGAAUAUCCGCGAAUUCGUUCAGAAACUUCAGUCCUAUCCGCCCAUCUCAGCCCUCCUCUUGAAUGCAGCGCUCCAAUUCCCGGCCGAGGUUGGCUUCUAUGAUAGUGGCAUCGAGCGCACUUUCGCCAUAACACAUGUCGGAAACACUCUGCUUUUCCAUCUCCUGGCCCCACGUCUCACCAACGAUGCCAGGAUCAUCAUAACAGCUUCUGGCGUCCACUAUACUGCCAAGGAAGAGAAGACAGGCAUGCCUGAGCCUAACUUCACCACAGCAGCAGAUGUGGCUCGCCCUGACCCAAAGACCGCCACAAAGGACGGCAGGCAGAGGUACACCACCGCCAAGCUUGCGAAUAUUCUGUGGAUGUACGCCCUCGAGAGACGUAUCAGAAAGUACAACAAGCCAUGGACUGUCAACUCAUUCGAUCCUGGCUUGAUGCCCGGCUCGGGACUCGCCAGAGAUUAUGAUGCAAUCUCGAGAUUCAUCUGGUUCCACAUCUUCCCGCGGAUCACUCCACUCGUCAGGCUGAUAUUCGGAACCGAUAACAUACACACAACUGCAGAAUCCGGAGCCGCCCUUGCCAGACUCGCCGUUGACAGUAACCUCAAGACCGUCACUGGGAAGUACUUUGAAGGCCUCAAGGAGCGCCCUAGCAGCACGGACAGUCGCAAUGAAGUGAAGCAGGAAGACCUGUGGAAUUGGACGGUGGCAGAGUUGGCAAAGGACGAGGCGGAGAAGCGCAGAUUUGAGAGCCUGGACUAG